UUGCUAGUUGGGCUGGCAGCACCGCUGCGAUGAUGGUGGCUGCAGCUGCUGAGCGAAACAAGGAGCCCAUCCUGUGCGUGCUCCGCCAGUAUGUGGAUCCUGCCCAGCGCGGCGUUCGUGUGCUCGAGGUGGCCUCGGGCUCCGGCCAGCACGCCGCGCACUUUGCGCAGGCCUUCCCGCACGCCGAGUGGCAGCCGUCGGACGUGGACCAGCGAUGCCUGGACAGCAUUGCCGCCACCACUCAAGCCCAAGGGUUGUCCAAUGUGAAGGCCCCGCUGUACCUGGAUGUGACCUGGGAGUGGGAGCAAUGGGGCGGGAUUCCGCAGCGAUCGCUGGACCUGUUGCUCUGCAUCAAUAUGAUCCACAUCAGCCCCCUGAACUGCACUGAGGGGCUUUUCAAAGCAGCCGGACAGUUGCUUAAAACCAAGGCUGUGCUGAUCACCUAUGGGCCCUUUGCAGUCAAUGGGAAGAUCUUUCCCCAGAGCAACGUGGACUUUGACCUGACCCUCAGAUGCAGGAACCCAGAGUGGGGUCUUCGUGACACAGCCCUCCUGGAGGAACUAGGCCAGGCCAGUGGCUUGGUCCUGGAGAGGAUGGUGGACAUGCCAGCCAACAACAAGUGCCUGAUUUUCCGGAAAGAAUAACUUAUUUCCUACCUCCCAUGUGCCUGCAUCUCUGUCAAAGGUUCUGUCAUGGCACAAGCCCCUCCCUCACUGAGUCACUCCUUGGGAUAAAUCAACCCCUUCUUGUCCGGUGGCCACAGUGCUGCAGAGAACCUAGGUCCAGUGGGCCUUGAAAUAAAGCAGUUCUAGCCCACUGUGGGACAUCUAUAA